UGUACGUAAUUAUUCACUGUUUUCUCGAAAAAAGAAGUUAAUUUGACUUAAUAUUUUCAUGACAUUCGGUAAGUGAAAGAGAUGUGGCAACGUCGCGUAUUCAGUUGCCCGCGUGCGUGUAUAUGAGCGUGUAUAUGAGUACACACAAGUUAGCGAUAGCCGAGAGCGCGAGAGCUGGAUAUUGUGUUUGGAUUUUGAUCGCGAAAGAUUGUUACGACCGAAAUGAACGCUAACCAAAGCAGAUACAAAGGAAAAUUCUGCAAAUCGAAUGUAGUCAGGUGGAAGAAUAAAGUUAUAAAAAGCAAUAAAACGAGACAUGAUUUGCCAAAACCUAUAGAACUAGUUGGACGACGUUUGAUUGAUUUGCAGACACUUAUCAAUGAUUUAUGGUGCUAUCGUUGCAAAAAAGUCCUAUCUUUGCGAGAUUCAUACGAGGAAUCGAGGAAUGGAUUGGCUAGCAUUUUUAAAGUUAAAUGUACAUCAUGCAAUAAAAUUUUCAAAGUGAACACAUCAGCAACCGAGCCAGAUACAAUUACAAGUAUUAGACCAACGUACACUGUUAACUCAAAGAUAGUAUCAGGUGCUAUCGAGAGUGGUACUGGCAACACGCAUCUAAACAAAAUAUUAUCCGCUGUGAAUGUCCCCAUAAUGCAUACUUCUGUUUUCAAACGUCAUGAAAAGAAGGUAGGCGCAGCGAUUGAAGAACUCGCCAAGGAAAGCUGUCUAGAGAAUUUGAAACUAGAAAGAGAGAUGACGAUAGAAAAAGAAUGUCUUCGCUCGAAUAAGUUAGAAUAAGAUAUAAUAAUACUUUUAUUUGUGAUUUUAUGAUUGA